CCUGGCGAGGCUCACGGUAGCGGGAAGCGCGUCGAAGCGGCCCCGCCUGCCGCUCCAGCCAGCACCACCCAGAUCCUCCCCGCGCCGGAAGCACGGCGCCGGGCCGUAGGCUGGAGCCCACCGGGCCGCUCUAGAGCACUGCUCGGUGGCUCUGCUGGGGCGGCCGGAGGAGCGGCAUGGAGGAGCAGCGGUUCCGCUCCGCCUCGGGGGAGCCCAUCGCGCUGCGGCGCCGCCAGCACAGCGCCUCCUGCCGGGAGCUGGCCGUGCGCUGCCCUCGCCUGCAGCUGCGCUCGCUCAGCGCCGUCACCUCCGCCGUGUGGCUGGCGGCCUACGGGCUCUUUGCGCUCAGCGAGAAUAGCAUGGUGCUCUCUGCUGCUAUCCUCAUCACGCUGAUUGGCCUGAUCAUAUACCUGCACUUCGUGAAGGUCGACCAGGAGUCCCUGUUGGUCAUUGGCUCGCUCGGCAUCCAGGUGACUUCAUCCUAUGCUUCGGGGAAAGAGAGCACAACCUUCAUUGAGAUGGGUCAAGUGAAGGAUGUGGUUAUCAACGAAGCUAUCCAUAUGCAAAAAGUUAUCUACUAUCUGUGCAUCCUCCUCCAGGACCCUGGAGAUCCUCAGGGAAUAUCUGAGGUUGUGCCACUCUUUCAGAGCUCCAAGCCACGUCUGGACUGCUUGAUAGAAGUGUACAAAAGUUGUCAAGAAAUCCUGGAGAAGGGGAGGGCAGCUUCAGAAGUGGAAUAAAACAGGAAAACAAACAAGGCAGUAAACAAAAGUUGUCAAGAAAUCCUGGAGCAGAGGAGAACAGCUCCAGAAGUGGUUUAAAAUGGGAAAUCAAACAAUCAAGGCAGUAAACUUGCAGCAAGGACUCAGAGAGACACAUGGAUGAGUAAGGAAAACUGCCUGAUGGCUGUUUUAAAUGAUCUGAGUAGAAGCUGCAGAUGGAACAGCAGUGCAGUGGUGCUGGGGCUAAAGGCCUGCACAGGCUCGGAGAGUUGUUAGAGAAAAUAGCUCCAUCACAAGAAGUGAACUUUGCCAUCCUCUGCUAUGAAAACAGAGCACAACUUCUUAUACUUGACAGCAAAGGUUUUUUUCCUUGCCUCUCCAGAGCAUAAAGUGAGGCAAGAACAUGCAUCAAACAUUUACUCUUUUGUGGAUCUGAAAACUGUGGUAUAAACUCAUAGUGUAACCUUUGCCAGACAGCCAGAAAUAGGCAUUAACAAAAAAUUCUCUUUAACCCUUCAUGUGGGGAAAAAAAAGCAUUUAUCAUGCUGAAACCCAAAGCUGAUGUGUGGGCUGGAAUGAUAACCUGAUCCUCCUGGAAACAGGACAACUUCAGAGAGAAAAAUUUAAAAACUAAUAAUGUUGCAUUCAAUGAUGUUAAUGAACUAAACAUAGGAGAGCAGAUUUUCACUUCUUCAGGGAUCUGAUUGGAAGAAUAGGGACUCUAGACAGAAAAGAGGGUUGAUAAUCCAUAAUCAGCUCCUCCAAGCUCAAGAACAGCCUGUCCUAAUGAGGAAGAAGGCAUGCAAAAAUGCCAGGAAGCCUAAAUGGAAGAACAAGUUGCUCCUGGCAAAACUCAAACACAACAAUAAGUACUAGGAAGACAGAAGUAACUAACUUGGGAGGAAUACAGCAACACUGUCCAAAAUGCAGUUAGGAAAGGUCAAAGGCCAUCUGGACUUUAAUCUGUUGAGGAACACCAAAGGCAACAAGAAGGCCUUCUGUAAGUACACAAGGAGCAAAAAGAAGAGAGGGAAAAUACAGACCCAGUGCUGAAUGGGGCAAGAAUGUGAUGACACAGGACAUGGAAAAGAUGUGUCAUUAAAACCUCUGAAGAUGUGAGGAAAAUGUGUUGUUAAAAUUGACAGUAAUGGCUGCCUGAAUAAAGUUUUAUUGAUCUGU